CAUAGCCAUCUUGUCAAGAGUGACUACGUGAGGGAGGUAACUGUAGGCGCUGUUUGGACUCUCGUUUGUUUUAAAGCGUUAAACUGAAGGACGGUUUCCGCUGUCUAACACCGUCAGCUUCACAGUAAGUGUCGCCACUGAAUGGCCUGAUGCUGGUGAGGUGAGUGGACACAAAGGACUGCUUUCGGGAAGAUGUCUCACAUACUUGUUCCGACGUAGGGGGAGUGUGCAGCAGCCAGUUGCUUGACUUGCUAGCUAGCUCAGUGAGUGGAGGGCUGCGGGCCCUCCUCAGCCUAAAGUAGGACCUGCAGCUGGGCAACACACUCUGCGACAACGGCUGCCUCACAACGGGACCACCGGGACGUUAGCAGGCCGGUCCGGAACGACAGGGAGCUGAGGACCAAUCUUCCUACAGGCGGCUGGUAUCACUGUCUAAAGCCGCAUUGCCUGACAACCCGACACGAUAUGCGUUAUGAGCCCAUGAAACGCAACAGGAGACCGAGAGAGGAAGAGGGAUGGCGUAGAUUCAUCUUGAUUACAGUUUGCUAGGCUAAGAAUUACACAUGCAAGUGUGCUGUGGAAUAUGAUCUAAGCUUCAAGAAGCUGCAACCAACUCGUCCCUUUCUGACGAAGGAUACACACAGCCAUACGGCACUUGGAAUCAGGCUGUCAAUAUGUCGAAAAUGCCGGCCAAGAAGAAGAGUUGCUUUCAGAUCACCAGUGUGACUCAGGCCCAGGGGGCGGCUAUAGGUGCCGCGGACGACACGGAGAGUCUGGACGACCCAGACGAGUCCCGGACGGAAGAUGGGUCGUCAGAGAAUUACGACAUAUCACGGGCUGAGUACGAGCCUGUGUGUGACAGGAGCUCAUCUGAAGAAGCCUUGAAUAAUGUCGGAGAGCCAGAGGCAAUCAGUGUUAUGGCGCCAUCACACAUACCUCAAGCCGGUCAGUUGUCUGCGCUGUCAGGCAACGCAACCGGGGAGUUUCGAAAGGUGGGAGUGUCGGCCUCCACUCAAGGUGGUCAGCAGCCUGUGGGGAUCGGCGCUGCAGCUGGUGGAGCCCCCAAUACUCAGCCUGGGGCCUUGCAGCAACAGCCUGCUCCAGCAGCCAGCGUGUCAGUAAACACAUCCCAACCUGCUGCAGUGACCAGUCCAGCUCCUCCUCCUGCCACCUCCACCGUGAGCUGCACUUCACGCUUCAGGGUCAUUAAACUCGAUCAUGGUACUGGAGAACCUUUCAGAAGAGGCAGGUGGACGUGUACAGAGUUUUAUGAGAAAGACUCCGAGAGCUCUGCUGUUAGGACUGCAGAUAGCAUUAGGCAUGUCAACAACAGUGCAACAACACUGGACCCUGCUGCUGACAGAGACAGUGGGCUCGGGCAUACAGGAGGAUCAGUGGCUCCCCCUGCAACGCACUCAGGUCAGGGCUUGGGCUCGGUGGCGGAUGCUUCUUUGUCAUCCCGCAUGCACGCAGUGGAGACGCCACCACAAAUCCACCAUCAAAACUACAACGCCAGACCACAGGGUGUCAGUGGGUCGGCCACACAGAGCCCUUUCUCCAGCAGCAAGCCAACAGUCGGAGGUCUCCAACCUUCUGCUCCCCAGAGUGUGCUGCCUAUCGGCCAAAACGGCCUGCCUCAAUCUGUUGUCAGUGUGCACAAGUCCCCCGUCAUGCCUCCUUCAGCCCAGCCUGUCGUUUACCCUCCCCAGCAGCAGCAACAGCAGCUUCCCAUGGGCCACCACCUGACCGGCCAGUCUUCUGGACUGCCACAGAACCAGGCGGACUUUUAUCAGCAGCAACAGCCCUCUUCCAUGCAGCCAGGGCCUCCGACCGGCCAGCCCAGCCUCUCUGCUGGGCUGCAGCUCAUGGGACAAGGCUCGGUCCUACCUGCAUCCUCUGCGGGGGCUUCAAGUCAGGCUGGAGAUGUUACAGGAGGGGGGUCUGUAGCAAGCGGACAGCAAGGCCUCUUGCAGCAGCAGACCGGGGGAAUCGGAGGCGUCGGAGGCGUCGGAGGCUCUGUACUGGUUAGUGGAUCCGCUCUGCAGCAGCAAGCUGCGAGUCAGUAUGCAGCCGCCGGACAGCCUCAGCCCCCCGGCCUCCACCCUGCCACCUCCGGUGUACAAAACGUGCCUGUCGUCGCAGCGAGCUCCAGUGUGCCCACCACUGUGCCCACGGCUGUGCCCAGUGCCUCCAGUGCAGCCAUGCCAAAUGUGACAAGCUCCAGUAUGCCUCAAGGCCAGGUACCCCACAGCAGGACUCAAGGGGCUAUAGGGAUGUAUGGCCUCCAAGGAACUGGAUUUGGACUUGUGGAGGGAGCUGGUGGGGGUGGAGGGAGGUUUGAGGGUCUCUUCAACACACAGUCUCCCGUUGUCUUUGGAAGGGAAAUGGCAAAUCCCCUCAAUCCUGAAAGCCUGCAGCUCGCCACCCCGACUGUCAACAGCCUGUUUGGAAUCCACAUACCUGUCGACGGGGAUGUGGACAGGAACCCCUCCAAGGCUUUCUACCAGGCCUUCCAGUCUGGCAGCAGAUUAAGGGACUCAAAGGCCCACAAUGAUAGGGCCUCGGGAACAAAUGUUGCUGCCAUUGAUAAUAAAAUUGAACAGGCAAUGGACCUGGUGAAAAGCCAUCUGAUGUACGCGGUGAGGGAGGAGGUGGAGGUGCUGAAGGAGCAGAUCAAGGAGCUGUUUGAGAGGAACUCUGUGCUGGAGAAGGAGAACGCCGUGUUGAAAUCUCUUGCCAACAGCGAGCAGCUGUCUCAGCUGCCCGCACAGCCGGCCCCCAGCUCCAGUACCACGCCCCCCCAGCAAGGACUCAGCCAGCCUCAGCAACAGGCCCAGCCCCCGCUUCAAGUUCAGCCUCAGCAGCCACACCCCCAGCCGCAGCUCCACCCUAAACCCCAGCCGCUCCAGACUCCGCUCGACCCCGGCCAACAGCAACCCAACGUCACCUCCGCUUGAAGUGCAUCCGGAAAAAAAUAUCUAUUUCAUCUAGUGUCUGUGAAAUUAAAAAAAGAAGAUAAAAAAAGAAAAACAUUGUCUUCUUAGCCACCAGCUUGACCACAAAGUACAGUGCUUGUGUGUGUGUGUGUGUGUGUGUGUGUGUGUGUGUGUGGGGGUGGGGUGGGUGCGAGGGUGAGUCAGUAAGCAAGUGUUGGAAUGUAAGUGUGUAUGCAUCUGUACUGUGGGCCUUUUCCAGUGUUAAUGCAAUCAUCGAGAGACGGAGAAAGUGUGUGUAGAGACAGGGGGGGGGGUAGGGUGUUUGGUUUCAUCUUGGCUGCGUUCCCGGAGCCUGCUGGGGAGCUGGUGGACAAGAUGUCUUUUCCAGACUGGCCCGUGACCUCAGCAGGGGGUGUCGGACAAAGAGGGGGGACUUCACCUCACAUAAGGGACAAACGGGAGUGAUUGUCAAAAAGAACGAGUAUUUUUUUAAACGACAUACGAGAGGGUAACAGGGGUGUUUUUAGCCUGGCUGUUUCAUGUUGUAAAGUAAGGGAUGGGAUAGAGAGUUUCUCGGAGCGCUUCACCGCUGCCGCUUCCUUCACAUCAACCCUGGCAUCAGUCUUUGUGUUUUUAUUUAUUACAGGGCUGCUACUCUCACACCUGAACAACACCAAACCUGCAGCCCGGUUUCCACUUCUCUCUUCAGUGUUUCAACAGAUCGGCAAUACUUCCAAAAUAGUGAUGCUUUACGUUUGUUAAAAAUGUAAGCUUAAAAAAAACCUGACAAAUGUUUAACACUAACUCAAAUUUUUGGCUGCAAUUUGCCAAAUCACAGCAAGUGGAUCCAGUGUGUACGGAAGAUGAUUAGGGCCACAUUUGACAUUUGUUUGUGAUCUGACCAAGAGUAAAACAUAAAAAUAAAAUAAUUUACUUCUCUGAAGUCAGGAUUCUGAGAGAAAAGUCAGAGUUUUGGGGAAUUCUGACUUUAAUUUCAUAACUCUGAGGAAAGUGAACAUUCUUGAGAAAAAAAAAAUUUUAAGAAAAAAAGUUGGAAUUCUGCUUUAAUUUCAGCAUUCUGAGAGAGUUGGUAUUCUGGAGAAAAAAUAUAUAAUCUAAUUCUGGAAAAUUAUAUUGCUGACUUAUUUGGAAUUCUGACUUAAAUUUCAAGAUUUUGAGGGGAACAAAGUUGAAUUUGGACAAAAUUAUUAAUUUAAUCUCAAAUUUUGGAGAAAAAAAACAACUUCUCAGAAAAAAUAUUAAUUCUGAGAAAAAUGUGGGGAGUUUUGAGGAGAAAAGCGCCAUUAUAACUUUCUCAUAAAUCAAAAACAAUCUGUUUUGGUCGGAUCUCAAAACACAUCAACAGUGGCCAUAGUCCUCUACCGCAGUAUGAAUGUACGGUAAUGUUUAAUAUUAAGUAUUAAGAGCCUUGACGGGGGUCUCUUCACCCGUUGACAUCAAAUGGUAACGUGAGCCUGCAGAAAGGUAUUUGAAGAUAUAAUUAUGUUUUUCUCAAAAUCAAUUAGUAUUGCCCCCCCCCCCCCCCUUCAUGCUUUUCUUUCUUUUUUCCUCCCAGUGUUUAUCGUGAGGGGGCCGGGGGGGGGGGAAGCUGUGAAAAUCAUUCAACCUACUUUGUAACCAAAGAUGCAAAGCUGUGUAAAACAUUGAUUCUUUUUAAAUGCACACAUGAAUUUCUUUUUCUUUUGUUACUUCCUCUUUCACACCAUAUUUUGUUGCUGUUCGGCAUGUUCUGCAUGAUCUGUAAUCUUCAAACCACUUUCUUACCUCAUUUUUAUUCAGCACUCUUAUUGUAAGAUAGUCUGUGAACAGUGUAAAUGGGGGAAGGGGGAGGGAGGGGGUGAAGCGGAGCAGAGAAAAAUAACCUAGUGUUACUGACACUAGUCACAGAAAAAUGAAGUGAGCCAUGUUUUGUUCAUUUAAAUGGUGUUUGAAUUUCAUAUGCCAAUAGUUUUGUUACAUUGCAAAUUUUAAUGUAUUUAAAUAAAAGCAAUAUUCAGAUUCCAUAAUA